AUGCUGUGCACACGAAGCGCCACGUGCACCUCCGUAUCUUUAUUCGGCCUUUCAAAUGCAGCCUGUCUGUGUUGGACCUCCUCGGAGGAUGGUGUUGUACGCUUUUCAAUAUCACAGAAGACACCGAUUGGUGGUGGCUCUACUGAAGAGGUGCUGUUGGAUCACUCAGACAUCAUUGGGGUUGUCUUUCAAGAUUGGACAGGUUUUAUCGCUCUAUCACGUAACGAUGAGAUGCGAAUCUUUUUCUACCCUGAAAGGAGGGGUUGGCUCUGCCGCAGUGGUCAAAGAUGCAAAUUUUCAUAUGAAUCAGCAUUAUUGACCGUUUCUAAGAAAAUACAACGC